AUUGAUGAUCUAAACGAAGCAACUAAAUCCAUUCUGUUCAUUACGUUCCUACUGAAUUCCAUUAAAGUCGCCAGUGUGCUUUUCCCAUUAAUGGCGGUAAAAUCCCUCUCAGCGCUGGCUUUUCCUGCCAUCUUCUCCUCCAUGUUGGUUGCGGAGGUAUUCUAUCUGGGUUGGAUAUGUAAUGAGGUCAAAGAACAGAGUUUGAAAAUAUCGACAGAUGCCUACAAGAUUCUGUGGUACAACGAGGACAAAGGCGUGGCAGUUUUACUGCAAAUGAUGAUAAUGCGGGCGCAAAAGCCUUUGACUAUGCAAAUGGGUCCUUUUGGCCCCAUGAUUACCGACACCAUCCUAUCGGUGAUUUUCUCAAUUUUGCACUAUCACUUACUAACAGAUUUUGUAAUGUUUCCAGACGAUGAAAGCCGCUUAUUCCUACACCACUUUAAUGCUCAACGCCCGAGAAUGAAAUGGAAUGGAAUUACACGCUCGCACAUAAUCCUACGGUUAUUAUUAUGAAAUGCAAAUUUGCAGCCGUUUACUAGUUAAACCACGUCUACGACCUGCUUCUCAUUUUGAUUGUGCGCCUGAUUUAUAAGAGUUUUCACCAUCAAAACUUCUUUAUUAAGCAAUAAAGGACCCUCGCCAGCAUAAACACCACAAAUCGCUUAGUUUUGUCGUAUAAUUCUACAUUAAGUGCGUCUUUUUCAGUCACACAGAAUGAGGGCAUGUUUUCCUGCAUUAAGUACAA